GCCGGAAAAAGGUCGUUAUGUUUGUUGACGUCAAGGAAGUUACCGUAUCCACCCAAGCGUUGUGUCGAGGCGAGAAUAUGCUCGUUUCUCGAAUCUAGAGGUAGCUGGCCAUGUCCAUGCCAUUUGACAAUGACGACACAUGUAUUUUUGUGGGAGGGUUAAAGAGGGACUUGCCUGCUCGAAAGCUGAAAGGUCAUCUAACCCUUCUGUUCAAAUGCAUCAACCUCGAUGUCAGAAGACGACAUGUAACGGUCAUCAACAGCAAGAAAUCAGACUACUGCUAUGCAUUUGUUGAUCUGGAAGAUGUUGAUGCAGUCAAAUAUGUUCUUCAUCACCUGAGUUCACAGACUAGUCGCGCAGAAGUUCAUUUUGACUUCACCUCAAUACAAGACCCAAACAAGCGUCUCAAGGUCGACUACAAGAAGCCACCGAAACAACCCCAACAGCAAACUGUUGACUGCAGCAACAAUGGUGCUGACAAUGGCGCCGAGACACAGUUCUCAUUGGCUGAUAAAGUCAAGAACCUUCCAUUCUCAAGUCCGAGUCAUCAGGGGAAUCAUGCACAAACAUCCACUACGGGUCUGCCGACGCAAACCAUCUCAAAACCAAUCUUACCACCCCUUGAAAAUGAACAGCUCUCCAUGGCUACGUCAAUCAGUGGCCUGGGUCCCAAUGCACCCGAGCGUUUCUAUCAUUACAGGGAAAGUUUAGGUAAUGAGACUCGGACUGCGGAGUUCAAACAGGGAGGGUUUGUUGCGAGUGAACGCAAGUACCUGUUACAUGACAAUAUUGGGAAGUAUGUGUGUGCCUUUCUCAACACGAACGGUGGAACAUUGUUCAUCGGUGUAGAUAAUGAUGGCUAUGUGGUUGGCGUGGUGUGUGACCAACAGGACGAGGACAAACACCGACUGUCAAUAGAUCAGGCCAUCAAGUCUAUCACUCCAACAUUGCUGCCCGACCUGUACAGCGUUGACUUUGUUCCAGUCCUGGAUAAAACCAACUCUUUCUCCUCCAAUCUGAAGGUCCUUGAGGUGAAGGUCAAGGACCCUGAUGAACAUAGCGAGCUGUACCUGUACCGCAGCGAUGCCUUCCUGCGUCGGGAUGGCAGCGUUCAGAUGCUGAGAGCCCGCGAAAUACAACACUGGGAGAGAAAGAAACUGGAGAAGUCUCAGGAGGGACGGGAGGAGGUGAUGGUGAAGCUGAUGGAGAAGACCAAUGAGCUGCAGACCCUACAGAAGCAGAUGCUGGAACUUGAGAGACGGAACAAGAAGUCCAGAGUCUGUACGGUCCUGUAGCCUGGAUCCUCCAGCCAUGCCUCGUAUCGGCUUUAUGAAGAUGAUCUGUCUUUUGAAAUCAAUUCAAUAUGCUUUUAUCUUCUGCAGUAUAAUUUAAAGCCCCAAUUUAUUACAAAAACAUUAUGAUUACAGUUAUGGAAUAAAGAGUGAUGCUGCUCCAAAUAUUCAGGAACAAUGGUAAGUUUUUCUUAAGUUUGUUUUCCUUUAAUGGUUAAUAACAGUUCUGUGGAGAACUGUACUGUAUGGAUGUUUCCUGUGUUGAUGGUUGUGUGGGUUGAUCAGAUGAGAUGCAGAUCAUGGCAACAAAAGCCUUUUCAUUAUGUCAGUACAUUGUCAGAUAUCUGUUAAACUGUUAUUUGUUGUUUAUGUGUGAUUAUGUGUUGUUGUCAUUCAAUGUACCUGGACUGCCACACACCAACUCCAUGACACCUGGUGUCCGGGACACUUGAUGACAUUAGUACACAGUUUCAGCUGAACUUUCUUUUGAAUUUUGGUGCCUUACUAUUUAAUUGUUCCAGAUGACCUUGCUUUAAUAUCUUUUUCAAGAGCUUUUCAAGUAAAAUACAGUGGCUAGCCAUUUAAUUAACAGACAUUUUCAAGAUAACAUUCUGGAUUCUUUGGUUGGAGUGAGUGAGUAUGGUUUUACGCUGCUUUUCGCAAUAUUCCAGCAAUAUAACAGCGGGGGACACCAGAAAUGGGCUUCACACAUUGUACCCAUGUCGGGAAUCGAACCCGGGUUUUCGGUGUGACGAGCGAACGCUUUAACCAUAAGGCUAGCGAACCACCCCUCUUUGGUUGGAACGCCACUUUGACCUUUUUUCACAUCAACCUUCACCUCACCUCACCUCACCUCACGUUUCGUUUACCUCCUCCAUGAAUUCUCAAGAAAAUCUGUACAGCAAAACUAGGCCUUGCCUAUUUGAUAUGUUUAUGAAUAUGUUUAUGAUUAUGUGCAUUAUUGUUAUUUAAACACAGGUUGAAAUAUCUGCAUGACUUUUAUACUAGCCUCUUACAAACAACUGUGAUAUUUUACCCCAUACAGGGCUGUGCCAGUUGCAGUGCGGGAUGUCAGCUGUGACUUCUAGAUCUAUACAAAUUAAUUUUGUUACUGAUGAUUUUUAUUUAUAAUGACAUACAUGCGAUUAUUUACAAUUAUCCUUUGUGAAUGAAUGAAUGAAUAUGUUUUUUACACAACUGUCAGCAAUAUCAUAGGCGAAUGAGGAAGGGAUUAGGACCUCCCUUUUUGAAAACCGAAUGUAAUAUGUUGUAGGCAGUAAAAGUAUCUGAGAGAGGAUUUUGAUAUUUUGGACCCCUGCCUUUUAAAAAUGCUGGAUCUGCCCUUAAAUAUUACAGCCAAAUCAGGGAUGUGCAUGAGCUUUAUACACAUAUUAUACGCUUGAUAGAAUCGAACACAGAUCAUGGGCAGCUAUGUCACCCUUCUCAUAUAUGCCUUUGAACUUUAAGACUGCAGAGAAGAUACCAGACUGUAGUGAAGAUUUCUUUUGUUAAAUAGCCUUUUGCUAUAAACCAGUAAUGAAAAAGGAGACCAGAGAAUAUCUAAGUUUCCAGAAAGUGAAGAAAUCCAGACUUGUCAAAGUAUUGAAGCCUUGCUAGGAAUAUAUUUGGAUAUCUGUAUGUGAGCCUCAGAAGAUGCUUGAGUGACUCUUUCUGUUGAAGACAUGAACUGUCAGGGAUGGUGACAUCUUUAUCAUUAUUAUUGAAAAGGUUUGAUGGCUCCCUGUUGUACAAACAUUUUGAACAAAAUUGCUUUAUAUUGUUUGAUAUAUUGUAUACUAUCAAAAUGUUGAGAACAUUUUUGUAACUUCCAUGUCACUCGGUUUGGAACGGAUGUAUAAUCUGUUUGACUUUCAAAGACACACUUAAGGCAGCAUGUUUCUUUUGUUAUAUGUCUUUAAGUUUUUUAAAUACAUUUUUGACUGUUGACUCCAUGGUUUUGAUGAAAAAUAUCUGUAAAUGAAGGAAUAAACAGGACCAAGUCCUGAUCAAAAGCA